CAUCUUUUUAUAUAAUUGAAAAAAAAAACGGAAAAACUGUUGAUGGGUCUAAAGAUUUUACUGCCGUUUUUGAGCGUCUUGUGUUUGGCCGCAGCCGCUUCAGAUCAGAGAUGUGGGAAGCGGAAACUGGCAGCGCCGCCUGGGGCAUCCCGGAUAAUCGGUGGCCGAGAUGCCACUGAGGGAGCGUGGCCCUGGCAGGCCAGCAUCCAGUUCCUGGGCACGCACUUCUGUGGAGGAACCAUCGUCGGCAGCAAGUGGGUUGUCUCUGCAGCGCACUGCUACCACAGAUACAUAUGGCACAGCAGCUUCUUGACCGUCUUGGUGGGAGUGACAAGCCUGUCCAAGCCUGGGCCUCACUUCCAGAGACGCGGCGUCAAACGCGUCAUCGUACACGAGAAGUACGACUUCAACACAUCCAACAACGACGUGGCGCUCCUGGUGCUCAAGGUCCCCAUCGUCUUUACCAACUACGUCCAGCCGUGUUGCUUUCCGACGAGCAUGAACCACCAGCUCUCCCUCAACCUGAGCAACUGCUUCAUCACCGGCUGGGGCAGCAUCAACUACAAAGGUGGAGCAGCGGACAUGCUGCAGGAGGCUGAGCUGGAGGUCAUUGAGACGGACAGGUGCAACCAGAAGCACUGGUACAACGGCUUGAUCACAGAACAGAUGCUCUGUGCAGGAACACUCUCUGGAGGAGUUGACACUUGUCAGGGCGACAGCGGAAGCCCACUGCAGUGCUACAGUGAGAAUGACAACAGAUACUACCUGAUAGGAGUGACGAGCUUCGGGGAGAAUUGUGGACACCCCAACAGACCAGGAGUCUAUUCGAAAACCAGCAUGUAUGGACGGUGGUUUACCGAAAAGCAGCUGAAAGACAGAGCUUCUCCACACGUGCUCUCCAGCAGGCUGAUACUAGUUCUGAUAUUUGCUGCCUUCACAUUGUUCUGAGAUGUUCGCUCUUUUUUUGUUGUUGUUGCAAAAGACAGAAUCACUAAACCGCUAUGCAAAUAUAA